CCACUUUAAUUGGCAGCACGGACGCGCUUUCAAGUAAAGACGCGACUACGGAUUAUCAGAGGCAGGUUCCACUCUUCCACUUACAUAGUAGUCUUCGGAUUACUACCUACCUAGGUACCAUUAUCUAUUACAUACAAUCUUUCUAAUUGUAUAUCUGGUUGAUGUACAUAAUAUAAUAUAACAUAAUAUGCUACUCUUUCACUCGAACAACCACACUAUCUAAUACCUACCUACCAUAACGAAAGCUCGCCAUGGAAGACACCCCAAUGGACGACGGCACCGUCGCCCUCGAAACCCCAGCCGACAAUGUCUUCGUCCCGCCUUCCAUCCACCACGCCGCCACCCUCUCCGGCGAAACCUACACACACUUCUCCGCCGUACCCCCAAGUCUCCUCCCGGAACCCAACACCACCACCACCUCCUCCUCCUCCUCCCCUUCUAACCCAUCCUCCAACAACCCCCCCUGCGUCCUCGGCGUCGACGAAGCCGGCCGCGGCCCCGUCCUCGGCCCCAUGGUCUACGGCGUCUUCUACCUGCCCCUCUCGCUCUCCGACGCCCUCCUAAAGCAAACUUACCACUUCGACGACUCCAAAGUCCUGACCCCCACCGUGCGCUCCCAGCUCAUGCAAGCCCUCUGCACGCCCUCCACCGACCUAUUCGACUCCUGCGGCUGGGCCGUAUCCUGCCUCUCCGCGCGCGACAUCGGCGCCAACAUGCUGCAGCCCGCGAGCAGCGCAGCCUACAACCUCAACGCCCAAGCCUUCGACGCCACCGUCGAGCUGAUAAAGGGCGUCUUCGCCCGCGGCGUCAACGUCGCCGAGAUCUACGUCGACACCGUCGGGCCCCCGGCCACCUACCAAGCGAAGCUCGCCCGCGUGUUUCCCACCACCAAGAUCACCGUCGCCAAGAAGGCCGAUAGCUUGUAUCCGUGCGUCAGCGCGGCGAGCGUGUGCGCCAAGGUCACGCGCGAUGCUGCGCUAGAGGUCUUGUACGAGGCCAGGGCGGCAGGUGAUGCGGCAAGAGAGGGAGAGGGGGAGGAAACCGAGCAGGAGAGUUGGGGUUCUGGAUACCCGUCCGACGCGCGGUGCGUCUCUUGGCUGAGGAGAAACAUGCAUCCGGUAUUCGGCUGGGGGCCCGAGUGCAGAUUUAGCUGGGGCACGGCGAAGGACAUGCUGGAGACGAAGGGUGGCGUGAAGGUUGAGUGGCCGGUAGAAGAAGACGAUGAGAACAGUCGACUUACUGAUUACUUCGCCGACAGCAGUAAGGGGAAAGAUGCCGACGAGUUAGGGUCCUGGUUUGGUACUCCGGCUGGUUUAGAGGCGUUUUAACCUCAAGAAGAUUUCGUUAUUGCAUAUCCAACUACCUUAAGCAUAGGAUCACGGCGUUCUGGGAAGGAUAAAUAUUGGAUUAUCAAAAACUUGUUUGUUCGGAUUGGGAAUUUGUCCAUGACGAGAAAUGUAUCUUUACUAUAUCCUGGCCGACCUAGCCGUCUAUACAUAAUCGACUGAACCUAUUACAUAUCGUCGUCG